AUGUAUAACAGAGUUUACCGAGCUUAAGAAGAUCAAUUAUAUUUAGAUAAAGAUAUUAAUACAAUUCGAUUGUAAAUCCCUGAAAGUGAGUUGAAAUCUCAAAAAUCAAGUAGAUUGACUUCUUAAAGUUAAUAAAUUAAGUUAGUGACAAACACAACUAAGACUUAAUAAUAUCAACAAAUAACUAGUAAUGCAUCAUUAGUUUCAGAAAAAUUGCUUAUUGAUUUAUAAAUUAUACAAGAAGAAAACGUAAAAUUAAUCAGUCAACUCCAAGUCUUGUAAAUGAAUACAAAAUAAUACUAAAAGGAAAUAUAGGAUUUUGAUGAGAAAUAAAAAUAAUUAGAAAGUAAAUAUAAGGACUAGAUAUUACGUAUAUAAUUGGAAAAUGAUAUUAAUUUUAAGAAGGUUGAAUAAGAAAAUGUAAAAUUAUUAAGCUAAGUCGAAGUAUAUCAAAAGAAGCAAUCAUAAUAUGAAAUUUUGAUAGAUGAUUACUUAGCCUAAAUUGAUAAACUUAAUGCCAUAAAUAAUUCGUUUUAGUAAUAAUUACUCUAUGUGUAGAAAGAUAACUCUAUCUCUUAUAAAGAUUAAGAUAAAUAAAUUUAAAAACUGAGUGAAAUGAAUCAAUAACUCUUAACCUAAAUUACCUAAUUAAAUAAUUAAAAGAACACAGAUUCAUUACAAAUCAAAGACUUAAGUAUUAUACGCUAAACACUUUAAGAUCAAUUGAAUAAGCAUAAGGAUGAAAUUACUAUGCUUAGUGAGAGACUAAAAGAACUUUAGGAUCAGAAUUCAUAAUUAAGUUAGAUGAAUACUGAAUAUCUUAAUUAAAUUACAGUAUUUCAAACUUAGAUGUCAGAAGUAUAAAGUAGAUUUUAGCAAAAUACUUAUGAAAGAGAAACUAAAACAAGAUAAAGUGAAUAGUAAUCAAGAUAAUCUACUACUAAUAAUAGUAGACAGAUUGAGGAAUUAAAUAACAAGAUUGUAAAUCUUAAUAAUUAAUUAAAUUAAGCAAAUCAAUAAAAAUAGUAAUUGUAAUAGGAGUUAUAUUAAUUAAAAAAAUAAUUAUAAUAGGAAUAAGAAGAUAAACUUUCAAUUUAGUCUAGGUAAUCAAAGACUAAUUAAUAAUAAAAAAUAAUUAUUGAAUUGGAAGAGAGGAUUAAAUUGCUUUAGUAAUAAUUAUAGAAUGAAUAGAUGAGUAAAUCAGUUAAUAAUGGAGAUUUAGAUCUAAAGAAUAAAUAAAUAUUAAUUUUAGAAUAGAAAAAUUAAAAGAUAUAAUAAUAAUUGGAAUAAUUUUAAGUUUAGAUGGAGGAAGAGAAAAGUUUAUUGUAUAAAGAAAUAGAUUAGUUAUCAGAUCAGGUUAGGAGAGUUUAGCAGUUAAAAAAUACAGAGUAUGAUUUUGAGUAUAGGAAUUCAAUAAAGCAAAAAGAAACAUUAUAGUAAGAGUUGAGUAAGGCAAAUUAGAGUAUUCAAAAAUAUUAGAGUAGAAUUAAAGUAUUAGAGGAUUAAAUUAUGUAAUUGAGCAAUGAGAGCACAACAGUAGAAAAAUAGAAUAGAUUUAUAGUGGAUUUAGAAGAUAAAUUAAAAUAGUUACAAAGAAAAUAUGAAUAAGAAAUAAAAGAAUAUAGAUUUGAAAAUUAAUAAAUUAAUUAGUAAUUGGAGAAGGUUCAAUCUGAAUUUUAAUAGUUGAAAUAGAAAUAUUCUAGGGAAAUAGAAGAUAUAGAAUCAAAGUUAUAGAGGGAGAAUUAAAGAGUUUCUUUAUAAUUAAAUGAUAAAGUUGCAGAUUUAAGUUAGUUAGAAUCAAAGAAUAAACAAUUAAAAGAAGAAUUAAUGAAUUUAGAAUAAAGAUAUGAAAAAUAAUUAAGAGAAGCAAAUAACAGAAUAAAAGAUGUUACAGAUGAUUUGGAGAUAAUGAUUGAAAAUUAUAAGAAAGAGAAAUAAGUAAUAUUGUAUAAUAAUUAUUUAAUAGUUAAGUGAGAAAUGGGAAAGCUAGAAUUAAGAUUUAAGAAGAUAAUUAUAAGUAUAAGUAGAAGAAGUAAAAAUAAAGACUGAAAGAGUAAGUGUAGAGAAGUAUGAAAGAUUAUCAAUAGAAUCACGAAAAUAAAUUGAAUAAGUAUAAUAGUAAUUGAAUAAUGAAAUCAAUUAACUUUAGGGAGAUGUGAGAAUGAAGAAUGAAUAAAUAAAUUAAUUAAAACAAUAGAAUUAAUAAUAUGAAUAGAAAAUUAUUAAAUUUGAACAUUAUAUAAGAGAUUUAGAAGAUUAAUUAUAAUAAUUAUCUAGAAAGGAGGAAUAGUUGAAUUAGUCAAAGAAUUAAUCAUUGGCAGAUUCUUUGAAUGUAAAGAUUAUUUAAUUAGAAAAUAAUUUAAUUAAGGCUUAAAAGAAAGAAGAUUAAUUAAUUUAGAGAAUUAGACAAUUAGAGCAAUAAUAGAAUAAAUUUAGAAAUACAAAUGAAUUGGAAUAAAAGAAUAAUUAAAUGUUUGAAGAGAUAUAAAUAUUAGUAUAAACAAUUAAAAGUUAAGAUUUUGAAAUUUAAACAUUGAAGAAUGAAUUAAUUUAAUAUUAAAGAGAAGUAUCAUUUAUGAAAGAAGUUGUAAAGGAAGACACAAGUAGAUUGGAGACAUCAUUAUUAGAUGAUAAGAAUAGAAGAAUUGUUGAAUUAGAGAAUAAAUGUGCAUUAUUAGCAAAUGAAAAUAGUAGAUUGAAUUAAUUAAAAGUAUGAUAUAUAUAUAUAUAUAUAAUAGGCAAAUUAAUUUGAUGAAUGGAAAAGAAAAUAUGAUAAAUUAUAAUCAGAAUUAGAUAGAAGUUUAAAUUUAAGAGAAUAAAAUAAAAAUGUUAUAAUGUCUAGUAAUUUUGGAUAAAUUUCAAAUGCAAAAUGA